GCCCCACCUGUCUCAAAGCCUUUGCAGAUCUCUUCGAGCUUCGGUCCCCGCUGGAAAGCGUCCCAGUCGCGAGACGACUUCCACCGCGGUAUUGACUACUUCGAUGACCUCGACGCACCUAUCUAUGCCUGCCAGAACGGCACUGUCUUCCAAGUGCACACGGAAGCAGCUGGCAGCAUGCCUGGAGGUGGAAAUGUCCUUGUUCUAGAGCAUGCCCUGACAUCGACCGCGAAGUUCCAUGACAGAGUGAUCAACAAGUACUACUCCUACUACUUGCACCUGAACUCUAUUGCGGCACUCUCUGAAGGAGAUGUGGUAAGCAAGGGUACAGAGAUCGGCACGAUGGGACAGACAGGCUGUCGAAUUUCGGAUGGACAAAUAAGGUUUCAAUUUGCGAACAAUCGCCAAGCCUCUCCAACCUCCAGUUGUAACACUGGCUUUGAUCCUCACGUCCACCCGUACUUGCUCGUUGGCGGAGUCGCGAGUGGUCCGAAGUAUCUCUAUGAAGUUGAGCCAAUGGAAGGCUUUGCGUACGCGGUGCGCUACAACGCCACCCGCGGCCACAUGGACAUGGACGUGAUACGUACGAGCCUAGGAGACGUUCACAUCGGGACCAGGCACAAUGUCAAUAUCAACACAAUCGAAACCCUCGACGACCUCCACAACAUAACCCCGUGGAUGGCUUUACGUCCGGGGUAUUUCGUGUCUACUACGGAAGACACCUAUACCUACGAACUCCACUUCAGGUCUGCCCCUACCUUCGUGGAGGUUUACGACAUCUAUGGGAACGGAAUUCGAGCAAGUAUCACGGCGGAUCCCGGUUCCCAGACGUCAUCGACGACCACGGAAACCGCCAACGAGGCGGCCGAGGGGACGGCCUCGGCUGGUGAAGCUCGCCGGGGCAGUUGGCUUGCCUUCUUCGUUCUCCUGGGACUGUCCAACUAG